AUGGCGAGGGGCAGCCCCAGCAUGCCCACCCCAGGACCAAGGCCCAUGCCCAUGGCGUCUCCCAGGAUCGAGGCUGUCAUCCGGGAGCAGCACAGGAUGGCGGAGUGUCCCGUGUGGGAAGAGGAGAUGGGGCAGCUCGUGUACGUGGACAUCCACGCCAAGACCGUGUGCAGGUGGAACCCGGUGUCCAGGGAGGUGCAGGCCGUGGGCCUCAAGGCAGAAGAAACCCUGAACCCUCUGCACCCCGCUGGGUGGAGCAGCCCUUCCCUGGCUGAUGCUGGCCUGUGGACACUGUCCUGGUCAGAGACACAGUGUGGCCACGUGGCCACAGAGGGGCUGCAGGCAGAGGGCACUGUCCCCCUGCAGAACAGGUGGGGACAGAGUGGGUCCCUCACCUGCCAUGUGCCCCUCCUCUGGGCAGGAGCCAUGUCCUGGCUGAUCACUGACCUGGAUGCAGGUCACCGGGUUGGCUGUGUGGCUCUGCGCCACAAAGGGAGCUACGUGGUGGCCUCUGGCACCUGCCUUGGCCUCCUGGACUGGGGCACGCGGCAGGUGCAGUGGCUGGCCUGGCUGGACAGAGACAAACCCCACAACAGGUUCAAUGACGGGAAGGUGGACCCCGCCGGGCGGUUUGUGGCAGGCACCAUGCCAGAGCCGUCUGCCCCAGGCGUGUGGGAGCCCAGGCAGGGCUCCCUGUACUCACUCCAUGCUGACUACUCAGUCGUCAGACACCUGGACAGGCUGGGCAUCCCCAAUGGGCUGGACUGGUCCCCUGACCACCGCACCUUCUACCACGUGGACAGCCUGGAGUACUGCGUGCGGGCGUACGACUACGAUGUGCAGACAGGCGGGAUCGAGAACCCACGGCUGCUGUACAGGCUGCAGGAGGACCAGGGCAUGCCGGACGGGCUGUGCGUGGACACCGCGGGCACACUCUGGGUGGCCUGCAUCGAUGCAGGCAGAGUGAUCCGGCUGGACCCCGAGACAGGAACCCGGCUGUGCACGGUGGAGAUGCCCGUGUCCAGGGUCACCUCCUGCUGCUUCGGGGGCCCCGACUACUCGGAGCUGUAUGUGACAUCAGCGGCGGACGGCCUCAGCCCACAGCAGUUGUGUCGGGAGCCUCAGGCCGGACAUGUCUUCAAGGUCACCGGCCUGGGGACAAGAGGGUUGCCACCUCAUCCCUUUGCUGGCUGA